AUGACAUCGCUCACGCGAAAUCAGAGUCUUAAAGAAAGUCUCACUAGUGGGAAGCGCUUCAGCAAAAAGCCUGUCAGGAAGGCUCCCGGUAUUGACUCCACGGAAUACGAUCCGAUGGAUGAUGUUCUCCUGCUAUUCGAUUCACCUUCUUCGCUGGGUGAAUUGGAUCAGCUUAUCACGCAUACAAAUAGGUACAAAAGUCAGUUGGAAGAUGCGAUCUCGAAAAACAACCAGGAGUAUCAGGAAUUCAUCAAGUCCAACGAGAACUCUGAUACAAGUCUCUCACUGCUAGAGACACAACUUGUGGGUUUGAUCAAAGAAUUCGACGAGACGAAGUUCCUGGCAGAGUCAACGGGAUCGACUAUCAAUUCAAUGACUUCUAAUAUCAAGACCUUGGACAAUUGCAAGAAGAACCUAACUCUUUCAAUGACGAUUUUGAAGAGACUACAGAUGCUGAUCACCGCCUACGAGAGCUUGGUGGAGCUGAUAAACGACAAAAAUGUACCCAAUAAGAACUACAGAGAGAUCAGCCAGCUUUUGAGUGUGGUUCUGGAUCUGAUGCAGCAUUUCCAGAGCUAUAAGAGCAUAGAUGAUAUUAGUGUGUUGAACAAACGAAUUGGCUCUUUGCGCAACAAGAUCAUAGAUGAGAUCUUCAACGAUUUCGAGAAAGAGUCAGAUGGCGAUCUCAGAAAUCCAGAUCUGGUGAAUGCCUGUUUGAUUCUGGAUAUGUUGGGGAAGGCAUACCAUGAUAAGCUUUCGAAUUGGUACGUUACCAAACAACUUCGCGAGAUCACUACUAUCUUCAAAAGUACUGAAGAAGCGGGUUCAUUAGAUAACCUGAAGAGACGGUUCAUUUUCUUCCAGAGGAUAUUGAGCAAUUUUGAGCAAAGUCACACGCAGAUGUUUCCUGAAGAUUGGCAUAUGAGUCUAGAGUUGACCUCCAAGUUCUGUGAUUUGACGAAGAAAGAUCUCAAGGAAGUCACUGACAAGGAGACCAGACUUAAUGGGAGCAACGGUAAUAGAGUGGAUGUUAAUCUUCUUCUGAAGGCAUUGUCGGAUACUCUGGAGUUCGAGUCCUUCCUUAACCAGAAGUUCAAGUAUUAUGGGGAUUUCGAUCAGCGUAAAGCGGUCGAAGAAGCAAAUGGUGGAAUUGAUCCAAAGCUCAGGUUUGACCAGAGAAUCUCCAGUGUGUUUGAACCGUACCUAAAUAUUUGGAUUGACCACCAGUCUAAGGUACUUGAUGACAAGUUUGUGGAGUUUGUGAACCCAGCCAAUCAUUUGAAGAGAAGCGGGAAUCAGGACUCUCCCGAUGAAGCAACAUCCUUGAAUGUUUUGGACUCUUCAGCCGAGUUGUUUAGAGUGUACAGACAGAUGCUGAAUCAAUUGUCGAAACUCUCUCAGGGUGAACCCCUGGUAAGGCUGUCGUCCAUUUUCGUCAAAUAUCUGAUAUACUAUCAGCAAAGAAUAUUGGAGCCAAUCUUGCCUGAUACCAAGAGGAUAUCUUCUAGCACGGAAGAGGCCAAUGCUGAGUCCAUAAGCUAUAUCUGUUUGGUGUUGAACACUGCUGAUUACUGUUCUUUGACGGUUUCUCAGCUGGAGGAAAAGCUUGCUUCCAUAAUCAAGCCUCCAGAGUUAGCCCAGAAGUUUUCCUUCGAAACGGUGAAGGACUCAUAUCUUUCUCUGGUGAACAACUGUCUUAAUUUGUUACUGUUCAAAGUACAGAAUGACAUGGAAUUCGCGUGGAGGGAGAUGAGAAAUGAAAAUUGGAAGGUUUUAUCCGAUGUGACAGGUGAAUCACGUUAUGUCUCCACCUUGAAGACCCUCUUGAUAGAUAAUUGCUCCAUCAUCUUCCCGGGCUUCAACAGGGAGCUGUACAUACGGAACUUUGUUGAUAAGACAGUGGAGAUGGUGCUGGUACAAUUUACAGAAAACAUCUGCAGAUUGAGGCCUGUCAAUGAGAUCAUGGCGGAGCAGUUUUUGUUAGAUCUUCAAACUCUGAGAGGAAUGUUCUUGGAGCUUCCCAAUCUGGCCCCAGACCAGCGGUCGCCUACCAACACAAAACCUAUCUCCAAAUCUCAGUUGUUUCACAAGUUCAUUACCCAAACAGUGGGGAAACCCGAAACUCUUCUCAAGGUACUGAUGACCAGACUCAAGCCAAUAGACAGUUUUGUCAGAAACUACUUUAUCAUUGUGGGGGACCAGAAUUUUUCAAACUUUUACAAAGUUUUGCAGCUGAAAGGUGCUGUGAAUUCAUCCCUUCAAUCAGAUCAGAAACAGAGACUCAAGUAUUUGGAUGAGUUCAAGUCUCAAUUGCUGGACUACACGAGCGAGAAAACUGAGGAAUCACCAAGGCCGUUGGAGGAGUCAUAUUCCUUCCUUGAAAAUCUUGAUGUGGAUGCUGUGCAAACGGGGCCAGCUUCUAUGGGAUCACCAAAAUCACAGCCUUCCGCGGGAUUUGCUUCACCUUCUCCUCAAAGUGCACUUACUUUCCCCAACCUGUUUGCGAGCACCUCGAACUCCCCAUCACCAGUUGGAAACUCCAUCAAUAACCUGGGCAUCAAGAUCGACAAACAGUCCUUGCUGAACACAAAAGGCCAGCUGGAGAAGAACUUUGCAAAGACUUUCAGUGGGGAUAACAAGCUGAAUAUCAACGAGAAUUUCAAAAACUUCGGCAAGUUCUUUGGCAAAAAAAACUGA